UUCAAACAAAGAUACCACAAUGCCAAUCCCGUCAUACUCCUCACCAUGCUCAUUGCCUUAAUAUUGAAUGUCUUCGGACACAUUACUCAUCCAUGGUGCAAUGCAGUCCUCGGCCUUUUGAAUCUCCUCCUCGAGACUACACUCAGAAAGUUGACCUGUCCCACCAUCCCCUCCGACAUCCGUACCGUCUGUAAAAAAUUUGACUUGGACCCAAUUACUCGAGUAUUUGCCACUUGUACCAGAUGUUCCUGCACAUACCCACCCUCGCCUGCAAGAAAAAAAUCACCAUACCCCAAACGCUGA